AUGACGGUGGGGUUGAGCAGUUACAGCGACUACUGUUGCAAAACGCGAACUAUUCAGCAACUUCCAACACUCGCUCGCAAGGGUCACAAUGCCAUGCUCAACUCCAAGUACCUAGACGAUAGUGCCAACGCGAUUGGUACGUGGAACUGCCAGCGCAUCCUCAUAGUGCACUCCAAAGCACUUGGGGAGAAUACGAACAUCGUCAAGAGACUCAAGGAGGAAUUGGGACCAUUGGUCGUGGGGAUGAAGUCGGGGGUGGGCGCUCACUCUCCUUACGAAGAUAUACUGGAAAUCACGAGACUGUUUCACGAAAAGGAGGCGGAUUGUUUGAUCAGUAUAGGAAGUAGCAGCUACUCAGAUGCAUGCAAGAUCGCUCGCUUGAUGCACGCAAAUCUUGCUCCAGGUAACCUCACGGUAGAGGCAAUGGAAGGCUUGGUAGACCAAGAGAAGGGUAGUGCAGUCGAUCUGAAGGACCCAACGACCAAACUCAUCCUUGUACCCACAAGUCUAUCAGCAAGCGAGUGGAAUAACAACUCAUCUGCAACGAACCCCCAAACAAAAAAGAAGCAGCACUUUGCAAGCGAGCACGCAGCACCAGAACUCAUCCUUUUGGAUCCUGAAGUCGCGUCCACAUCGCCUAGGAAACUGUGGCUGUCGAGUGGGAUGCGCGCGGUGGAUCACUGCGUCGAAACGAUGCUCAACGAUAAAUGCACCGACCAGGUCUUCUACCAUAUGGAAGACGCGCUUGCAGUCCUGCUCACGGGGCUGAGAAACUACACAGAGGGCGAAAGUAACAGCAACCGACCUGAGCUGCUUGAUGGCAUCGGGAAUUGUCAGAUAGGGUCCAGGAAUGCGAUGAUGGGUCUCAUCCUAUGGAACGUUCCGAUGGGGCUUUCGCAUGCCAUUGGGCACCAGCUCGGAAGUGUAUGUGGCGUUAUGCACGGCGUCACGUCCUGCGUCAUGCUAGCCCCUGUCCUACGCUACAAUGCUUCCAAGUCGGAGAAACAGAGAGCGAUACAGCAGCGCGUGCUGGGUAUCUGGAACAAGGUCCUUAAAAGCGAUGAGCCAAGCCUUGCAGAUGCGGUAGGGAAAUUUGUGAGAAGCCUUGGGUUACCGAAUACGCUGGAUGAAGUGGGUCUUACGAAGCAAGUUGAUAUCGAGAAGGUGGCGGAAAGCACUAUGACCGACGUUUUCGGAGCGAUGGAGGGUAUGGGCGGGAAGGAGGAUGUGCUGGCUAUCUUGGCUUCAGCAAAAGCCCAAGGCACCAGAGAUGUAGGACUGGAAGGAGGCGCACCGAUGUCACCCAUGGGAAGAUUCUCAGACUUUGCUACAUCCUCCAUAAUGACACUCGCCAGCUCAGCAGGAAGCUGGCCACCGCCCCAUCGUCUCAUAGUCCUCCAAAUUUCGUAUAUCCUGCUGCUUUCGUGCAGGAACUUUGUGGAUCGGCGGAACCAGCCAGCGGUCAUGUAUGGAGCCUGA